GCGGUUUCAAUUGGACACAGCGGUAAACUUGUUGGACAUUUCCGUAAAACGAAAUAGAGACGGACAUCUGUUACCUUCUGGCUUACCAAAUUCUUGAGAGAAAAGGAGUUCUUACUAAUACACGGCGAGAGUAACGGACGAAUUAGAACAGGAUGAAGGAAACAGUUGUCGAUGUUGCCCCAAAGAGAAUCAGCGGCAUCGAGUUUGGAGCCAUGUCUGAGGAGGACAUCCUCGCACAGUCUGAAGUGGAGGUUGCUACAAGAGACCUAUUUGACCUGGAGAAAGGACGUACUCCUAAGUCCAAUGGUGCGCUCGAUACAAGGAUGGGUAUCUCUUCGAACUCUGCAGAGUGUGCUGUGUGCCACGGGAACUUGGCUACAUGUCAUGGACAUUUUGGGCAUCUGAAGCUGGCCCUUCCUGUCUUCCAUGUGGGAUACUUCAAGGCCACUAUACAGGUACUACAGUCCAUUUGUAAAUGCUGUGGCGCUAUGCUGAUAGAUGAAGAGGCCAAGCGUAAAUUUAGAGAAGAGCUGAGAAGACCCGGGAUCGAUAACUUGAGACGUAUGGGCAUCAUCAAGAAAAUACUCGAGCAGUGUAAGAAGCAGAGACGUUGUUUCGACUGUGGUGCGGUUAAUGGUGUUGUGAAGAAAGCAGCAGCAGGUUCUGGUACUGCAUCCUUGAAGAUUGUCCAUGAUACCUUCAGGUUUAUUGGUAAGAAGCCAACAUUAGAAAAGGCAGAGUGGGAUAAGGACAUUGAACAAGCAUUGAUAGACAACCCAGAUAUUGAGAAGUUCAUUAGAAGAUCAAUGGAUGAUUUGAACCCUUUGAAAGUGCUGAACCUUUUCAAGCAAGUGAAGAACGAAGAUUGCGAACUUUUGGGUAUCGAUUCGGGAAGAGGAGGUAGACCAGAAACCUAUAUCUGGAUUUACUUGCCCGCCCCUCCAGUCUGUAUCCGUCCUUCUGUGACAAUGCAAGAUUCACCAACCUCUAAUGAAGAUGACCUGACAGUGAAGCUCACAGAGAUUGUCUGGGUAAGCUCACUCAUCAGAGCUGGUAUCGAGAAAGGUAUAUCUGUCAAUAAUUUGAUGGAACAGUGGGAUUAUUUGCAGUUGUCUGUUGCAAUGUACAUCAAUUCAGAUGCCGCAUCACCAUCUGCACUGCCAGGUGCAAGUGGUGCCUCCAAAUCGUCAAAACCGAUCAGAGGUUUUUGUCAAAGAUUGAAAGGUAAACAAGGUCGUUUCAGAGGUAAUUUAUCUGGUAAACGUGUCGAUUUCUCUGGCCGUACAGUCAUCUCCCCGGAUCCAAACUUGUCGAUCGAUGAAGUUGCUGUCCCAGACAGGGUUGCCAAAGUGCUUACAUACCCGGAGAAGUGUACAAGAUAUAAUAAGGAAAAAUUGCAAAAACUCAUUUUGAAUGGUCCAACAGUCCAUCCUGGUGCCAAUUAUUUACUCAAGAAGAAUGAAGAUGCUCGUCGUAACUUGAGAUAUGGUGAUAGACAAAAGUUGGCCAGACAACUCCAGUAUGGUGAUGUCGUUGAGAGACAUAUCGAGGACGGUGAUAUCGUCUUGUUUAACAGACAGCCGUCAUUGCAUAGAUUGUCUAUUCUAUCGCAUUAUGCUAAGAUCAGACCAUGGAGAACAUUCAGAUUGAAUGAGUGUGUCUGUACACCAUAUAAUGCCGAUUUCGAUGGUGAUGAAAUGAAUUUACACGUUCCUCAGACGGAAGAGGCAAGAGCAGAGGCAAUCAACUUGAUGGGAGUAAAGAACAACCUGCUGACUCCAAAAUCCGGUGAACCUAUUAUUGCUGCUACACAAGAUUUCAUCACCGGCUCUUAUUUGAUCUCCCAUAAGGAUUCUUUCUUUGACAGAGCUACUCUCGUACAGCUGCUUUCAAUGAUGUCUGAUGCUGGAUUACAAUUUGAUAUCCCACCACCUGCAAUCCAAAAGCCCCACUUUUUAUGGACAGGUAAACAAGUUUUCAGUCUGUUGAUCAAACCAAACAAAACAUCACCAGUUGUUAUCAAUUUGGAUGCUAAGAACAAGACAUUUGUACCCCCAAAGAAAGGAUUUCCAAAUGAGAUGUCUCCAAAUGACGGGUUUGUCGUUAUCAGAGGGUCCAAUAUCCUGAGUGGUGUCAUGGAUAAAUCCACUUUAGGUGACGGUAAGAAGCACUCUGUGUUCUACACUAUUCUGAGAGAUUAUGGUCCAAAAGAAGCAGCAGCAGCUAUGAAUAGAAUGGCCAAGCUGUGCGCCAGAUACUUGGGUAAUAGAGGUUUCUCCAUUGGAAUCAAUGAUGUUACACCAGGACAUGAUUUGAAAAACACAAAGGAAGAAAUGGUUGAAACUGCUUACGCCAAGUGUGAUGAGUUAAUUCAGUUAUACAACAAAGGUAAGCUGGAAACCCAACCAGGUUGUAACGAAGAGCAGACCCUAGAAGCCAAAAUUGGUGGUCUUCUAUCUAAGGUGAGAGAAGAAGUUGGUGAAGUGUGUAUCAACGAACUUGACAGCUCCAACGCUCCUCUGAUCAUGGCCACAUGUGGUUCUAAGGGUUCGACGUUGAACGUUUCUCAGAUGGUUGCUGUUGUCGGUCAACAAAUUAUCUCUGGUAAUCGUGUUCCUGAUGGUUUCCAAGAUCGUUCUUUACCUCACUUUCCAAAGAAUUCCAAGACUCCGCAAUCCAAGGGUUUUGUUAGAAACUCUUUCUACUCAGGUCUGAAUCCACCAGAAUUUCUUUUCCAUGCUAUUUCUGGUCGUGAAGGUUUGGUGGAUACUGCGGUCAAAACUGCCGAAACCGGUUAUAUGUCGAGAAGAUUGAUGAAAUCUUUAGAAGACUUGAGUUGUCAGUACGAUAAUACUGUGAGAACUUCGAGUAAUGGUAUUGUGCAAUUCACAUAUGGUGGUGACGGUCUCGAUCCGUUCGACAUGGAGGGUGAUGCAAAACCUGUUAACUUCAACAGAACUUGGGACCAUUCCUACAAUAUCACUUUCAGUAACGAAGACAGUUCAUUGUUACCAUACCAGGUUAUUGAGGUAACUGAGACAGUACUGAAACCAUUAGAGGCAAAGCUUUUGAGAUAUGACAACGUGGGAAACCUUGUAACAGGGAAAAAUGCAGACAAAAUUGAAUACGUUGAUCAACAUGACGCUGAAAGAGACUUUUAUCAAUCUAUUCGUGAUUUCAUCAAGAAGAAGGCUUCAUUCAUGGCUGCAGUUAGAGAGCGCAAAGGAUUGCAAGGACUUUUAGACAAACCUGCGGAUGAACUUGCCCUUAUGGAUCUUGAUGAAAGAGCAUCCAAUGCUGCUUUGUCAGCUGUGAAUCAGCUGGCUAAGAUCAGUAACACAUGUGUGAGAAAAUUCUUGGAGAUUGCCAUCCUGAAGUAUAGUCGUGCUAAGGUUGAACCUGGUACUGCUGUGGGUGCCAUUGGUGCCCAAUCAAUUGGUGAACCAGGUACACAAAUGACUUUGAAGACUUUCCAUUUUGCUGGUGUUGCUUCCAUGAAUGUUACGUUGGGUGUUCCUCGUAUUAAAGAGAUUAUCAAUGCAUCAAAGGUCAUUUCUACUCCUAUCAUUAAUGCAGUACUGGUUAAUGACGAGGAUGAAAGAGCUGCCAGAGUUGUUAAGGGAAGAAUAGAAAAAACAUUGCUAUCAGAUGUCGCAUAUUACAUCCAGGAUGUCUAUAAGGACGAUUUAUCUUUUAUACAAGUUAAGAUCGACUUAAAGACCAUUGAGAGACUCCAAUUGGAAUUAACGAUCGACGAUAUUGCUGUUGCGAUUAGCAGAGCACCAAAGUUGAAGAUUGCUGCUGGUGAUGUAUCUGUUGUAAGCAGAAACAAGAUCAACAUAAACGUUUACACGGGUGAAUCAAAACUGAAAUCUGUAUCGACAUCAUUGAAAGAACCCCACGAAAAUGAGCUGUUCUUUAGAAUGCAGCACUUACGUCGUGUUCUUCCGAACGUUGUUGUCAAGGGUCUCUCUGAUAUUUCCAGAGCCGUGAUAAAUAUCCGUGAUGAUGGAAAGAAAGAGUUAUUGGUUGAAGGUUAUGGUCUUCGUGACGUUAUGUGUACCGAUGGUGUCAUCGGUUCGAAGACCAGAACUAACCAUGUUCUGGAAGUUGUUUCAGUACUCGGAAUCGAGGCUGCACGUGCGUCCAUUAUCGGUGAGAUUGAUUACACCAUGUCUAAGCACGGUAUGAGUGUCGAUCCACGUCACAUUCAAUUACUUGGUGAUGUCAUGUCCUACAAGGGAGAAGUUCUAGGUAUCACAAGAUUUGGUCUGAGUAAGAUGAGAGAUUCUGUUUUACAACUGGCAUCCUUUGAAAAGACCACAGAUCAUUUAUUCGAUGCCUCUUUCUACAUGAAGACGGAUAAGGUCGAAGGUGUCUCUGAAUGUAUCAUCUUGGGCCAAACAAUGUCUAUCGGUACCGGCUCUUUCAAACUUGUUAAACAAACAGCUGUUAACGAAUCAGAUCUUGUCUUGAAACCAACGCUAUUCGAAGAUUUGUGUGAAUCCAUUGCAACAUGAUGAGUUCGUUCAAUUAUCAGUUCUGUAUAUACUUGGGUUUUAUUUGCAUUUUGGGUUUUCUGUGUGCUCAGUAUGGUGUAUUGAAGAAGCUCAACGAAAGGUAUUUAAAUGAUAUCAAUUAAACAGAAAAAAGUUUACACAUAUCGUUGAA